AAUACAAAAGUGAAUUAUAAAAUAAACAUGUGGGCGGAGCUAUGUACCGGAAGCCGACUUGUCCCUUUUGUUUGGGACGUUGACAGGCACGUGAGCUGCUGACGUCAUCAGGAGUCAGGGAGACAACAUGGCGGCGGACUCGGUGCAGAAGGUUCUGUCUGAGCAUGAAGGUGUCUUCAUUCAUCCCAGCAGUGAGGAAGAUGCCAUCGAGCUGGAUUUACUGGUCUCAGGUUCACUUCGGAUUGUUGACAAGGAUGGAGACGUCUGGGUGGAGUACAGACCGUUGGAAGAAGCUGUGGACCCGUCCAGCAUGCUGUGUGCUGGAAAGGACUCCAGCUCAGUGAUGGAGUGGGCUCAUUGUUCGGGGGAGCGGUGUCACAAGCAGUUGGAAACUCAGCAGAGCUACGAGACGGAGUGGGACAUGGUCAAUGCUGCGUCCUUCAGGAAGAAACCCUGCGCCAACGGAGAAGGCUCUCUAAACCACAUUAAUGAGAAGAGCAGGGGUGCGUUCAGCUUCAGUGUCGGUGACCUCAGCUCCAUCACAGUGAAGGAUGAAGGUUGGACGUUCCUCAUCUUCAAACUGAAAGAGUCCUCCCCGCCCCUCCCUGCUCUGCACUUCCACCAAGGUGGAAGCAGAGAGUUCCUGGACAGCCUGGGGAGAUUCGCACUGCUCAGCGUCGCUCCAGAUGAUGAAGCGUGUCUGCUGGUCAGCACGACAAACAAGGCUCUGUCUCAGUCCUUCGAGAACCUUCUGGAAGACAACAACUUCGGCCUUGUUAACAAGUUCAGAAAAGACCCGUACGUGACCACGCUGGGCGGCUUCUCCAAAGUCACCAACUACAUAUUUGAUGCUUUCCGGGGGACGGAGGAGCAGCACCAGCGCCCCCCAGAGGAGGUGGCUGACCUGCUGGGUGAAGUCAUCCCAGGACUGGAGAUCAACCAGCAGGAGGAGCCAGGCUUUGAGGUCAUCACCAGGAUCGACCUGGGAUCGAGGCCCCUGGUUACGAGGAGCGAGCCCAUGUCUGUGGAGGACUGGACCAAACACCAGGACCCAGAGGGGAGGAUGAUCCGGAUCUUUCACCUGAAACAAGUCAUCUUCAAAGGGGGGCUGUGUCACGCCGUGAGGAAGGAGGCCUGGAAGUUUCUGUUGGGGUAUUUUCCGUGGAGCAGCACUCAGGACGAGAGGAAAGCUCUGCAGAGACUCAAGACUGACGAAUACUUCAGGAUGAAGCUGCAGUGGAAGUCAGUCAGUGAGGAGCAGGAGAGGAGGAACUCCAGACUCAGAGACUACAGGAGUCUGAUCGAGAAAGACGUGAACAGAACCGACAGAACCAACAGGUUCUAUGAGGGCAUCGAUAACCCCGGCCUCGUACUCCUCAACGACAUCCUGAUGACGUACUGCAUGUACGACUUCGACCUCGGUUACGUUCAGGGGAUGAGUGACCUGCUCUCCCCGAUUCUCUUUGUGAUGGAGAACGAGGUCGACGCCUUCUGGUGUUUUGUCUCCUUCAUGGAUCAAAUGCAUCAGAACUUUGAGGAGCAGAUGCAGGGCAUGAAGACGCAGCUGCUUCAGCUCAGUUCUCUGCUCAGACUGCUGGACUUGUCUUUCUGGAAUUACCUCGAGUGUCAGGACUCAGGUUACCUGUAUUUCUGUUUCCGCUGGUUGUUGAUCAGAUUCAAGCGGGAGCUCAGUUUCCAGGACGUCCUGCGGAUGUGGGAGGUGAUGUGGACCGGUCUUCCCUGUCAAAACUUCCACCUGCUCGUCUGCUGCGCCAUCCUGGACUCCGAGAAACAGAAGAUCAUGGAGGAGAAGUACGGCUUCAAUGAAAUCCUCAAGCACAUCAACGAACUUUCAAUGAAGCUGGACAUUGAAGAGAUUCUUCAGAAAGCCGAGGGCAUCAGUCUGCAGAUGAGGAGCUGUAAGGACUUACCCGACUCGGUCAGAAACAUUCUGGGCUUCGAGGCGAGCGUCAGUGGCUCUGACCCGACCAGCGCUGCUCCUCCUCCGGCGGUUUCCAGAGCGGCGCAGCGACAGGACGCCUGCUCCAGCCUCCACACACACCUGCGAGAGACGAGCUCUCACAACAGCUGCAAAGUGGCCUUUAUAUCCUAGUUGACAGCAGAGACUGAUUCAGCAUCAGCAGCGCCCCCUUCCGAAUGUUCAAGGAUUUUAAAUGAUUCAGAAGCUUAUUUUUCUACCGUGUGCUACCUGAGUGUCUCAAACAGUCGCUCAGUUAUUCCUCCUGAUUUUUAUAGGGGGGGCUUUUCACACCUGCUGGUGUAAUCUGAAGAGUUUAGGUGUGAAACAUGGAGGACUUGCCUGAGAUCUCACACUUGUGUGAUCCGACCUCUGACCUUGACAGCUCAUCAAGAAUCAAAGUAUUUUUACUCUGUUUCGCAGACUCUGAUGAUCAGAGUCAACACUGGUCAUUGAUUUUAUAUUGAUUUAUAAUCAGUAAAAUCUUGUGUCAUUGGAAAGAUACGAACACAGAACCUCUCUCUGUCUCUCUCUCUCUCUCUCUCUCGCUCGCUCUCAUUCUCUCUCUCUGUCUCUCUGUCUCUCUCUCAUUCUCUCUCUCUGUCUCUCUCUCUCUCUCUGUCUCUCGCUCUCUCUUGCCCCGUUCACACCUGGUAUUAAUAUGUUAUGCGUCUCCUGUGAUGUCACUUCCUGCUCUAAAUGCAAAUUAACACGUUAUUUGUGUUGUUUCGAUCCAGUGUGUUUGUGUCCUUAUACCUUUUGUGAGGACCAUUCUAAGCAUAGACCCACAGAGUGAGGACAUAGAGUCUGGUCCUCUAUUUUUCUAAGGACUGUUUGAGGGUUAAGAUUUGGUUUUCCAGUUAGGUUUAGUUGUGAUGGUUAGGGAAUGAGUCAUUGAGUGUCCUCACUAAGAAGUACACACACGUCUGUGUUUGACGAGUCAGCAGAGUGUGAAUCUGAACCAAGAUGUGUUUAAUAAACUAUGGAUCAUGAUCAGCUGAUCAGUGUUGAUGUGUCAAUACAAACAAAUCAAAGACAAACAGUUUGAGGCUCAGAGACGUCCUCAUCUGUCCCAGGACGUCCUUCAUGUGUCCCUCAUCUGUCCUUCAUGUGUCCCAGACGUGUGUGUGAUGUGAACUGAACCAGCUCAUUUAUUUACUUACAGGAACACUGAGGCAUUGUGGGAAAGAAUCUGUUAUCUUACUGGUAGUGAUAUCAGACUUCUCGUUACUAAAGCAACACACAGUGAUGUGGUUACCAUGGUAACAUCUCCAGUAAGAAAAUAAAUGUUUCUUAAAAGUGUCGCGUCAGACGGAUGUGAUGGUGUCACCGUCUUGAUACAACGUGAAAAUAUAAAGUGUUCAAUGAUCAGAGUUUGAAACUAAUAAAUCUUUGAUUUGAUUGUGACGGCUUUUUUUGUUUUUCAGGUUUAAAUUUGUGAUUUCCGCUAAUUUGAUGUAAUGGAUCGAAAUCUGAGCAAUAAAAUGAUUUCAGAA